AUAUAGUAUUAUUUUUCCUCAAACAGCAUCACCACCAUCUUAUCAGUCAUUAUUUGGACAAGUGCGUGAAGCAAGGAAAAAUUCUAGUAGUUUUGUGGAGUUUUUGAGAAAAGUUAUUAUAUUACUUCUUGGAACAAUUGGUUGCAGUAUAAUAUUAGGUGUUACAAUUGUUGUACCAUUCUCAAUGAUCAUUGUUGGAUCAAAAUAUUUUGGAGAAUGCCCUGUUGAACACUUUAUUCCAGUGUAUUUAAUUGUUGGAGGGAUAUUUGGUGCUGUAAAAAAUAUCCUGAGUUUCACAGAAAGGUGUCGAAGAAAUGAAAAUGAACAAGAACAUAUAAUUCAUCGAUCUCGAGAUAGUUUAUUGAACUGCUUUCUUAUAGCUUGGUUUAUAACAGGUUGCAUUUGGACUUAUAGAGUCUAUGAACCUGAGUAUGAAGAUACUAGCAGUCCUCUCUACUGCAACAAAACACUUUAUCUGUUUGCCUUCUGGUUAGUAACUACAUCCUUCAUAGUCGUUGGACUUAUGAGCAUGUUUAUAAUGUGUUUCGUUAUAUCAUCGAUUGUUACUAGUAUUGAAUAAUUAUUGUAUUAUAUCUCAAUUUUAUUUCAUGCAUAAAUAUUUGUUAACUAAAAUUACCAGUUAUGUAGUAUUUCUAAUCACAUGUGAAUGUUGAGGGUAAAGCCCUUGAAAUAAGCUUAUAGAAUAUUAAUUUGUAAAUAAAUUCUGCAGUUUAUUUUAAUAUUUUUUUAAUGCAGGAUAUUUCGAAUUUUUUAUUGAUUUAUAUUUAUUAUUUGUUUGAAAUAAAUUUAGGAAACCGGUGUAUUCCAAAAUUUUAUUUACACAUGACUAAAAAGAGCUUAAAUGGACUUUAUAAAUUAGGGAGCUUGCAGUUAUUUUAUUAUAGUCAUAUACUUGUCAUUUAGAGUUGAAAAGGAUAAAGUAUUUACUCAUUUGGAAUUCAGGCAAUUUUAAUUUGGGUACCUGAUCAGAGUUAUAUUUGGAUGUUAAUUUCUCAGUAAUAACUGUUUUGUUAGAGCAGUUUUCUGUAUGUUUGUUAAUUGUUUUGGAAGUUUAUUAUGAAAUUCUGUAUGACAAAAAAUUAUGGGUUGUUUUGAUGAAAAAUUUUAUGCUUUUAUACGUAUUAAGCAUGAAUUCUGAAUGAAUGUUUGUGUUUAUUCUCUGUGAUAUGGCUUUCUUAAAUCUUCAGAUAUUUUCAGUGUAUAUUUAUAGUUUACUGUAUUUAAAACACUUGAAUGAUAAUGGAGAGAGUAGCAUGGUAAUUUACAAAUUGACAAUUAUAUCUUUAUCUUGUUAUCAAUCAAAAAAAGGUGAUUACACUUUGAGAUACAGAAAAGUGAUUUCUCACCAUGAAAUAUAUUGAACCUAUUUAUAUAAAAGGCAGAAUUUUUAAAAAGAUAAAAGAUAACUUUACCAAUUAGUAGGUGCAUGCAUGAGAAAUGCAUUAAUUUUUGUAUAUGAAGCACAGUUUUUAUCUACAACUUAUUUUUGCUUUCAAAAUAUGAAAAUUUUAUUUUUGUAAAUUUGUAUAUGUGGAUUUUUCUUUUUAAACCCUUAUUUAAAUUUCCCAGGUAUUAAUUAUGAUUCUUUUAAUGAUUUUCUAGGAUUGUUUUUAUAUAACAUGUUAUAGCAUUGCAAAUAAUUAUAAACAUAAAUUUUGUUAUAUAUUAUUAUGUAGAUAGUUUUAUGCUGUUAAAACAAGAGGAAGAGGGAGAAAAAUAAGCCUUUUAACCUCCCCCCUUGGUUGUUGUCUUGAAAAUUUGAUUUUAAUAUAAAAAUUUCAAGUGUACUAUAAAAGUACAGUAAAUAUUUCCUACUUGAGUGUUAAUCACUACCGUCUUGUAUACUGCCAGCAAAUUUUGGCAAUGGAAUGUAUUUUUUAUGUCAGCAGAUUGAUUAAUCAGGCUUUUUGAUUUUUGGAUAUUGCUUGGCAGUUGCAUUCAAAAUUGCAUUGAAUAAAUUUAUAUUUUUUCCCAGCUUGUUUGUCUCUCAAUAGAAACUGUAUUGAUUAAAAUGGCAAAUCAUUUUAUUUAAACUAAUUUAUGAUUUUUAUUUUAACACUUUAUCAGUAGUUAGUGCAUUUCUGUCAUACAUACAGUUUCAUUCUAUGAAAAUUAGCAGAACAGCUAAAAUUUUUUGACAAACUGCCACAUGCCUGGAAAUAAUGAAUUGCUUCAGCAGAUUUAGUAAGUGCAUGAUUGAAAAUAAAGUAAAAUUCAGUACGGGGCAAACUAAUAUUGUCUCACAAACUUUCUAUGGAACUACAAAAGUACAGUAAAUAUUUCCUACUUGAGUGUUAAUCACUACUGUCUUGUAUACUGCCAGCAAAUUUCACAAAUUUUUCAGGUUGUCAAAAAUGACACAAUGUAGAUAUAUGCUGCUUUUACUUGGUCUAAAGUUGAUGUAAGUAUAAAGAAAAGCCGUUUUUACUUUUUUUUAAUCCCUCCCAUCCCUGAAAAAUGGAAUAAAAGGGGGGGGGAGAAACAAGAAGUAGAAUUUUUUUUUAGAAGCACCUGGAAUAACUUCUAAGGUUUUCACAAUGCUUGUUGGACAGCAGAAUCAUAGAUGGUAUUGGCAGUUUAUCAGUAGGCUAAUAUUCAAGUACCAAGUAUUUUCCUUUCUAUCAAUAUUUCCAAAGCCAGGAUAUUUUUAAUUAUCAAUUUACAGUGAUAUAGCUUCUUUCAGUUUUAAGUUUAGAAGAAUUGUACAUUUAAUGAGCUAGUAGAAUUAACUGUACCUGGUGAUCAGUUCCCCCCCCUUCUCUCUAUCAUCAUACAUUUUGAAAAAUAAUCUUCAUUAAAAUGCAUCAUUAUGAGUCAUAAUAUUUCAAAAUUUUCUUAUUUAGUUAAAAACAUCAAAAAUUUGUUUUGUGUGUGAUAGUUUUCCUUUUCUGUAUCAGUGUUUGUUUGUUUUAUUAAUGUAUGACAUUAGUAAUUUUUAUUGAUGUUAUUAGAAAGUAUAUAUUUGAUAUAUACAAAAAUCUUGCAUUAUUUUCCAUAUUAAUAUGUUAUUUAUACUUCUUUGCAUUGUAUAUUAUGAUUUUCUAUUUUAAAUUAUUUUAAAUCUUAAAGCUAAUCUUAAGCUAAUCAAAACCACAUUUGCCUAUAUAUCCUAUAGAAUCACAAUGAAGAAAUUUUUUUUCUUUUUCCUUCACAAAAUUCUGUAUGUAUUUUUUAUUAAUAAUGGUAAUAAUACUUAUGAUUAUGGACUUUGUGAUUUGUUAGUGAUACAUUCUUUUUCUAGUUUAAUUUGAGUAUUUUUUAAUUGAAUUUUUGUAAUUUCUUGAGGGAGGGAAAUGUUUUUAAGGAGCAUACUUAGAGGGAAAUGAUUUGUGGAUUCUGAAAAUAAAUCCAUGCUUAGUGUAAAGCAAAUAGAGAAAAGUCCCGUUUUGGUGCAACUACAUUAAAUCAGUGAAUCUGAAAAUGAGUCACCUGUAGUUUUUUUUUUUUAAAUCACGUUACUUUUCUUAGUUUCAAAAAUCUACGUACGAAAGAUGGCAAAGAUGAUGAACUAUGAAAUCUUCUCAAAAGAUGAUUUCCAAGUACAUGUAUAUAUUGAUAAUUUUAUGUGAAAUGAAAUUUGCUUUGUUCUGUAAAAGUUCCUGAAAAUAAAUAAACUGCCAGAGAUGAAAACAAAAGUUUUAAUCAAGUUGUAGAAAAUGUUUUGCCACAUCUUCCAAAUAAGUUUCUGUCAUACAGUAAGGAAAUUUAUCAAAGCACUGUCAUUAAUGUUGAAACUUUAUGGAACUGUUGACUUAAUUAUGUUAUGAGAUCUUAGGUUUUUAUAAGUUUUCAUUUUUGGGGUGGGGGUAAUACUUAUGCAUUUAAACUGAUGCAGUAUUAAUUUGGAGUAUCACUUUUUGAACUUCAUCUAUGUGAUUUAAUAGUUAAAAAUUAGUUUUAAUAGAAAUAAACUCUUUCCUUCUUUUCUCAUGACUAUUUGUUAGUGUGAUUUAAAUGAAAAUAAAAAAAUUUUAAAGAUAAAUUUGAAGUGUAUUUUAUGCAAACCUUAUUCAAAAUUAAUUUUAUUGUUAAAAAUGCAAUAAUUAAUAAUUUUAUUUCCUCCCCCUCCCUCUCUGAUGUAAAUGAGCUUUAUCGUGAGUUAUCUGAAAAUAAAAAGUGUUAGCCAAAGUGGCUUUGCCAUAGUUGGUUCAGAUAAACAGGGUUCUGAUGUACUUUUUGAUUCUUUCAGGGAUAUAUAGAUGGGGCAAGAUUUAUGUGUAUUAUGUAUAGCUUCCCAAGAUGUAAUUAUGAAGGUUAGUCUUUUCAAUCAAAUAAGAAGUAACGCGUCAUUUAAGAUUUUUUAAUGUUUGUAAAUACAGGAGAUAAAAAAUUUAAAACAGGAAAAUGACAAAUGCAACAGCAACAACACAACAAAAAAAA